UUUUUUUUUUUUUUUUUUUUUUUCAUUCUGGCCUCUGUUCUUUCCCAUCUCGAAAUGCUAUGCGCCAAUUCUGCACACGGCAGGGUUAAGAUGAGGAGAGUUCGUUAGAGGAGGAGGGAAAAAAUUGGGGGACGGUAUUGUUCAAAAUUAGAGGAGUAGGCGGCGAGGGCGACGAAGGCGAAAGACAGAGAGGAAACCGCCCGCCUCCAAAGAGUUUGUUCUUAAUCUCCUUCUCUGCUCUCUGGCGGAGAGACUGAACUGGCGAUCAAUCGUAAAUUACAGAAGAUCUCGUGGGGAUUGCACAAGAACGCAGCUUGGGGCCGGCUGCAUGCUUGCAGGAUUGCCAAUUCUCGCGCAAAAGAGGGUUUUGAGACGGGACGAGGAGGGCGGUACGAGAAGGAAAACUCUCUCCGGCUACCCCUCCCCCGCACUCUCAGCGCGCCGAGGGACAGGGUCUGGAAGGGAAGAGGGGAUGCGGCGAAGAAUGGCAUCAUGAUGAUGAUGAUGGCUACGAAGUGCGAACGGCGAGGGGAAGUGUUUAGGUUGGCGAUCGUCGAGGAGCGUGUGAGCGUGUCUGUCCGAGAAAGAGAGAGCGUGUGCGCGGGUGGCGCAAUCGUCGAAAAUCCGGGGUAAUGGGCGGUAAGGCGGCAGGACUAGUGGGAGCAGGUGACACGCUUCGGGUUCAGGAACGUCGACUACGUUGCUGCAUGGGGCUGGAAGGCAAAGAUUUUUGCGGGAUCACGAGCGAGCGGCAACAGCGACGGCGGCGGGACGGCGAAGGGUGGAGAAUGCAGAGGGUAAGGAAUGGUAGUUCGUGCAGAACCGUGGUUUGUGCCCGUACGAAGUGCGCUCGUUUUGGGCGCGAGCUCCACGGGGCUGGGUGGUCAGAUGGAAAUUUCUUGUCUUUGCCUUUCUCCAUCCGUCCCUAUCCUUCGUCGUGCCGCAAGGGCAGAGGAGGUCUUCUGGGCUAUUGCUCUUCGCUCGCGCUUUGCUGCGGGUCCCACAGACACUGGCUAUGACGCAGCCGGGUCGUUGGAUCCACCUGCAUACUUGUACACACAUGUACAUGCAUACAGACGGACUACACAUACACCUACACAAGCAGAGGCAGAGAAACAGCAGCCAUACACACAUAGAUAGACGAACAUAGACGCGCGCAGUCGACCCCCCCGCCCACUCCGGUUUCUGCACGAGAUCGCGAGGGGACAUGUUCAGGCGGUGGUGGU